AUGGCUCAUGAAAUCUUGAGUCCGCGUUUACAUUCUCCCUCUGUCAAAUCUGACACAGCCGUUUCGUCUCCUCAAGGUGACGACCACAAAUCAGAGUCACCUUCUACUUCCAACAUGGCUCUGAGCAAUACUGGUGACGUCCAGUUUGAAUUUAUCAAUGGUGAUGAGAUCUCUAGUGAAGAUGACGAAGAUAUCGACAGAAAGCGCAGCAGGGAGGUUGAAGAUCUGAAAAACGAGCGCAACUCUCUGAUCGAGGAGAUCUACAGUGUUGAGCGUCGUGAAGACCAGCCUAAAAAGCGCUUGAAGACAACUGAUACCGAGGCCCCGUUGGCCAAAAGCAAGUCCCAGUUCGAUGUCUCCGGGAAUAGUGGUCUUGGUGAUUACAUGAAAGACGGCAAACAAUUAUCUCAAACCGCCACACAGGUUGUGGAUCUUACUACGGAAUCGCCUAAUGACGACGAGGUCGAAGUUACUGGUUCGGUGGAUUUGAGCACUCAAAUCGUAUGCUACGGCAAAGUUGAAAAUGCAAUGGUUCAAGCGCAUAUGGUACCUAAGCCAGCCAAGAACAAUUUCUUCGACGACUUCUCGCGUGACUGGCCUAGUAUCAAGCUGGGCACCCAUCACGUACCUGGCCAAUCGAAUCGGAUAGAUGUUAUUGAUCCUCACGGCCAGUACUUCGGGGCAGUCGAUGCGAAAACAGCUGCAGCCAUCGUGCCUCUGAUGGAUACACCGGGCUCUGAGAUUACUAUGACAGCUCGCCUUGAACUUCGGCGCAGAAUGGCAGGCGAAGAAGUGUGGCAACCAUGCUCUGCGAAGUAUCGCGCUUCAAUCAACCUAUUCGGGCCGAGGAAACAUGCAGAAAUGGUUGGCCGUUUCUUGAGCAAUGCAAAUGUCUGGUUGACCAAUCCAUCUAUGGUGAGCCAAGGAGUAACAGUCUACAAUCCUCAUACAAAAUUGAGACGAAAUCAACCAAACUAUGGUCCAUCUCCUGGACCUGGUUCCCGUUCGCGACCCGUCACUACCUAUGAAGUCCGCACAGCUGAAGAGAUUAAUGACGCUAUUAUGAAAAUGUUCGACCAGCUCAAGUCUACGGAAAAUAUUCCGGAAAUGGAGCCGUCCCAUGUGAUUCGUACGCCGCUUCUCCGUCAUCAAAAACAAGCCCUGUGGUUCAUGUUAGAGAAGGAGAAGGACCGCAGGUAUGGACUCAAGGAAGAAGAAAACAACUCACUGUGGCGUGUCUUUUACGAUCCCAGUGGAAACAAACGAUAUCGUGAGAUUAUCAGUGGGAUGACUCUCGAUCAGGAGCCUGCUCAGACGUAUGGAGGCUUGUUGGCUGAUAUGAUGGGCCUCGGCAAAACGUUGAGCAUUCUAUCUCUCGUCGUUGAAACAUUGCCAGAGUCCAGAGGAUGGGAAACUCGCUCGCCGCCUAACGACCUUGUGCGGCGCACUCCUGGUAUUCGUAAUGCCAGGACAACACUUCUUGUUUCGCCUCUUAGUGCUGUCAACAACUGGGUUUCUCAGAUUAAGGAUCACCUAGAUGAGAAAGCGAUUUCUUAUUACGUCUUUCAUGGUCCUUCGAGGACUACAAAUGUCGAAGAAUUGUCCCAAUACGAUUUGAUUAUCACGACGUACAGCACAAUCUCCAGUGAAAUACAUGGCCGUGGAUCCAGGCGAGGGAACAGCCCGUUGCUUAAGAUGAACAUGUUUCGCAUUGUCCUUGACGAAGCACAUGUAAUUCGUGAGCAGUCCGCACAACAAAGCCAAGCAAUAUUCCGUCUGAACGGGCAACGCCGCUGGUCUGUUACUGGAACGCCUGUUCAGAAUCGCCUUGACGAUCUUGCAUCUGUGACAAAGUUCCUUCGACUGUAUCCAUAUGACGAUAAGUCCAAGUUUUCUGCUCACAUUCUUAGCCGUUUCAAAUUGGGUGAUCCCAGUGUUUUCGCGAGCCUCCGUGUGCUUGUGGACUCGUUUACGCUACGCCGCGUUAAGGACAAGAUUGAUCUUCCUCCCCGACACGACAAGAUUAUUAUGCUGGACUUCUCCGAGAAAGAAGCUCAACUACAUGAAUUUUUCCGCAAGGAGUCUGCCCUGAUGAUGAAGAUAAUCACAAAUGAAAGCAAGAGUACUAUGGGAGGUCGGAUGUAUCACCACGUGUUGAAGGCUAUGAUGAUUCUUCGUCAGAUUAGCGCCCAUGGGAAAGAGUUGCUCGACAAGGAGGACCGCCAACGAAUGAAAGGUAUGAGCGUCCAUGACGCCAUUGACCUUGAAGAGGGAGAAAGUGAUGAUCAGGCUUGGGCAAUCGACAAGAAGGCCUAUGAUAUGUUCACCUUAAUGGAAGAAUCUUCGGCUGCUGUUUGCGCGAUGUGCAAUAAACCACUGGUUGAAAACAAUCCUGAGACUAGUGCAGGGGAUCCCAAGAGUCCAAUGGCUGUAAUGUUCCCUUGCUUUGACGUUCUCUGUCUUGAUUGCUUUGGCCCGGUCAAAGAAGGGUUCGUAAUGCAGCCGCAAUCAUCUUCGGAACAGACUCGAUGCAUCACAUGCGAAGGUUGGAUCCCUAUGACUUACUCUACAAUUACCCCAGCCGGUCUAGAACAGUAUGCACAAAGCCAAGCAGAGGCCAAGACCAACCGCAAGCGGGCAAAACUUCUAGGAGAGUACGAGGGACCCCAUACCAAGACACUGGCUUUAAUCGAACAGCUGCAGAACACGGCAGAGGAAAGCGCCAAAUUGGAAUAUCAACCUCCAAUCAAGAGCGUUAUUUUCUCGGGUUGGACGUCCCAUUUGGACCUUAUAGAGAUUGCCUUGAAAGACAAUGGCCUAGAUGGAUUCACUCGUCUUGACGGAACAAUGACUCUUGCAGCCCGCAAUCAAGCAUUGGCUAGUUUCGCCAACGAUGAUAACAUCACCAUAUUGCUCGCAACCAUCGGCGCUGGAGGUGUUGGACUCAAUCUGACAAGUGCAUCUAAAGUAUACAUCAUGGAGCCUCAGUACAAUCCGGCAGCCGUAGCUCAGGCGGUCGACCGUGUCCAUCGGUUAGGUCAAACUCGUGAGGUGACCACAGUGCAAUUCAUUAUGAAUUCCAGCAUCGAGGAGAAGAUAUUCGAAAUGGCCAAGAAGAAGCAGCAGCUAGCCGACGACAGCAUGGCUCGUGGGAAGCUCGACAAACGUGAAGUCCAAGAGGCGCGCAUGCAAGCCUACAGAAGCCUCUUCAGGUAA